AUGGCCGUGGAUACGACACCACCAGAUGGAUCGAACCUGUCCCCGCCCAUCAACGUCAACAACCCGACUGAAGUAGUCGAGCAAGCUGACGGGGACAAGCCGGUGCUGCCUCUUGACGACAAGCCGCCGACGAGCGCCGUGCCCGCAGACUCGGCACCGAUCGAUGUGGACAGUGAAGAUCUCAAGAUGGGUUCCGGAGGGAACGAGGGAGGUGGAGAAGGAAUAGCGCCGACGGUCAUCGCACCAACGCCUACACCACCCCCUCCCCCUCCACCGCCACCGCCUCGCGAACCGACCCCGAUCGACCUCGGCCCCCCGGACUCUGCCUACCUCGAGCAGAUCCACAACCGCCGACGACACUAUACCGCCACCCCUUCCUCCUCGACCCCCGACCGCAGAUCCUACACGAUCGAAACCCUGCUCUACGUGCCUCACUCUACGCCGAUCCACGCCUUCUCGUGCUCGCUCGAUUGUUCGCACCUCUACACCGGUUCAGCCGACGGCUACAUCCGACGCUAUUCCCUCCCCGCUUCGUUGAACCCUUCCCAAUCGGCCCAUCUAGGUCCCAACUAUACCUCUUCUUCGUCAACUUUGUCUCCAGCUCAUGCGUUGGCGUCGGUGUUGCAUUCCACGGUGGGAGGUGGGGUCGGCUCUUCCGUGGAUGGAAUGGGAGUGGGUUUAGGCGCGGCGCAUACACCGCUGUUGAAUACGAUGGGGAGGUAUCCCGUCCUCAGAGGCUAUUGGGAGAACGAAGCACCCCCUUCUCUUUCCUCCUCCUCCUCCUCCUCCUCCUCUUCCUCCGUAGCACCUCCACCCGCACCGCCGAAUCCCUCCACUUCCUCAGCACCCGAUCCAGCUUCCCCACCGAACUGGAUCCAAGACCGUCUCUGGUCCAGUCGAACCCAAGGCGGUCAAUCGAGACAAAUCGAAUUCGGUCCCAAAAGUAAAGCAUGGAACAAAGCUUCGGUCGUGUAUAGUUUGCAAGUCAACAAGGAGGAUCUAUGGGGCCUUUCAGGCACGGCGGUGAGUUGGAUUUUUUUGGGGGGGAAAAGAAGGUUCUUCUCCGAGCUCGUGGUGUCGAGGCUGACGUUUUUUUUUUUGAGGGGGGGUUUUGGUUUUCAGUUUGGUACGAUCAACCUCUUCACGAUCCGACAUGAUCAAGGGCAGAUACGGCAUGUGUUCCCCUCUUCCACCUCCUCUACAGCACUAGGUCAUUCCCCUUCCUCCCCCAUCUCCGUCCUUCAUCUGACCAAGGACGAGAGGAGGUUAUGGAGUGGGGGAUGGGAUGGGCAAGUUUUGGAAUGGGAUAUGGAUAUGGGGAAGGCGGUGAGGAGGUUCGGGCAGGGGCAUGAUGCGCAGGUUAGUUCGGUGCAGGCGAGACCGGUGGAGAGUGAGGGAGCGGGAGGGGGAGGGGGAAGGGGACGGGGAGGGGACGAGGAUGAGGAUGAGGAUGAGGAUGAGGGGGCUAUGGAGGUGGAUGAUAGUGAGGAGGAAGAGGAGGAUGAGAGUGAUGAGGAGGAGAAGCAGAGGAAGAAGAGGAAAACAGGGAGUGGUGAUCAGGGGGAAACGAAUGGGAAUGGCAAUGGUACGAAAGAGGCCUCCACAACCGAUGGAGAGGAAGAAGAAGAGGACAGGGCGUCGACGACAACACAAGCGAAGGAGGAAGCGACAGCCAAAAAGGACGACAUCGAUGCUGAAGGCGACGUCGACGCCGAUGGGGAGGAUUUCGACGAAGAAGCUUUAUUGGGCGUAUCCAGUGACGCCAAUACGACAUCAGCGACGAAUCCUUCCUCGUCUACUUCCACCAAAAUCACCAUCCCCAUCAAGCCCAAAUCCACAGGAUCCUCCUUGCUCGUCCCUAAAAUCAAGAAGACAACCUCAAUUCCCAUCUGGGGAACACAACCUGAUGUUUCAUUGUCCAUGCGGGGCAAGAAGAGUGACGAUGUGUUCAUGUCCACGAGUUUGGAUGGCCAGGUGUUGAUUUGGGAUACGAGGGUCAAGGUCGCGAAUGUGGUGAGGUUGCCGAGUAGUGGGAGGUAUGGGAUGUGGUGCGCUUCGGUGAGUCGGUCGGGGUUCAUAUGAGGCGAGUGCACAGUACUGACUUCCUGUCUUUCCGAAAUCUUUAGGCAACCUGGUCCUCCGACGGGAACCAAGUCUACGUCGGACGCCACGAUCCCCUAGUGGACAUUUACGAUCUACGCCAAUGUUCUCCGCGUUCUCCAACUCUUCAAACUCUUCGUUUACCCCUCGCUUCAGGACCCGUCACGGCUAUCAAGGCUCUGGGGACCUCGGGGAGGAAGUUGAUCACGGCGAGUUUUGAUAAUGUGAGGAUGUGGGAUGUGGGUGAGGAAGGGGGGGAGGCGAAGGCGAAGAGUCGGCUUGUGUUGGGGCAUUAUGGGGGGGUCGUGUCGAACCUUUGUACGUUCGUGUGCUUUAUGACCCGAGUUUUUAGAAGUGGAUGGCUUACUGGUGUUUGCCCCACGCUGUUCUUUUGGAUAGGGAUCGACCCUUUGGAACGAUACAUGGUCACCACGUCGGGGAAUCGAGGCUGGGACGGCACGAGCACGGACUUGAUGAUCGUGCAUGAGAUCAAGUCGUAA